CUGACGAAACCGGAAGUAAGUGAUAGACCGUUCUACUAUUCUUAGCAAGCCACCGUGGAACAAUUUAAAGUAGAAACAUCGGAUAUGUCUAUUAUACGAAUCUCAUACUUGCGUUGGACAAAGUACUUGUUUCGGGGGACUAUUAUUUUUGUCAUAUUUAUUGGCGCUAGGUGAAGUCACGGUACUAUUCCUGCAGUUUCCGGUGUAGUCCGGAAGUGUCAUUCACAGGUUUACAUUUUGUCGCAUUAGAUAAUAACGCCGGUAAAGCAAUGAUUGACAGUUAACCGGCUCCGUGGUAAAAACAUCGUUAAGCCGCUUUUUCCUCUCCGCUGUCGGGGUGGACCAUGAUGGCGCCCCCGCUGGUUGUGUUUCUGUGGCCGGGGCUGGUGCUGCCUUUUGCGGCGGCGGCCCCCUCUCGUCUGGGGCUCGCCGUUGUUGAGGUGUACGCGGAGCAGCGGUUUAGCGGCGCUUUUCUCCGCGGUGAGGUGGUUACCGCCGGCCGGGGAGAGAGGAACGAGGACGCCGACAAGGAACCGGAGAGCCUGGAGGGAGAACUUGUUCUGAUUCAGGACGCGGAGCCGCAGGUGAGAGGAGAUGACAAGGAGAGGGAGCUUUGGAUCGGCGUGUUGCCCGUGGAGGACCACCAAGUGUCCGCCAGGAAGCAGCAGGAGUCCUUCACAGAGGCUGUGGUCAACAGGAUGAAGCGGGCGUUGGUGCUCGGAGCAUCUGCGCUCAUCAUCCUGGCUCUCAACCAAAACUCAGUCAGAGAAAUGGACUUGUCUCCAGUUCUUUCCAAACCGGUUAUCGUAAUCCAGACGUCGGAGAACGUGACCAGGCUCAUCGGAGCAUUGCUCAGAGGCCUCCAUGCAACCGCUAAGAUUACCUUUGCCAACAUUCUACCUGACAACCUGGUGAGUGUUGGACACAGCACCCCCUGGAGGACAGUCAGGCUGACAGUGUGUGUUGUGGGGCAGGGGGCCACAUUGACACUGUGGUCGAGCUGUGGGCGCUCCAGAGGGGGGCCCUACGGUGAGUGGCAGGGUGUCAUUUGCACGGGAGAGACAAACUCACAGGUGCAGAAAUACCUGCAGCAGCUGUGGGACACAGUCCUGUGGGUCGCGCUCUUCCUCAGCAGCGCUGUCAUCCUACAGGCCCGUCGGCAGAACCACAACCGCCAGCUCCACGGGAACUCAGAGUCUCUCCCCAAGCAUGACGUUCUGAAAAUUAUCUCCUCACUCCACACCAAAACCUACCAAAGGGCCAAAGUGCGGCGCGACGACACAGACAACUGCGCCGUUUGUCUGGAGACUUUUAACCACAAUCAGUGUCUUCGUGUGUUGCCGUGUCGACACGAGUACCACAGAGACUGCGUGGACCCCUGGCUGCUGCUGCAUCACACGUGCCCACUGUGCAAGCGCAGCAUCCUCAGCGCCAUCCACAGUCACAGUUAGUGGUCAUCGUGGGAACACUCCAAUUUUUUUCUUUUUACACUUUAAGGACCACACCACAUUGCUGCCUCCAUUGGUUCAAAAACUGUUGCAUUUUCACAGCGAUUCUUCUGGGGAUUUUUCCCACAACCGGGACAGUG